CGCGAGAGAGAGUUGCCUCUUGGAUGGCAAUGGUCCAAUACUGAGGAGGUGAAAAAGUUAUUUGGAAUUAUCCUUUUUUCAGUGCCGUACAGCCAUACGAGCCAUGCCAUGGCUACCACCAUUCACGCCCUUCUGGAAGCUUCUCCUUCUCCACUCCCUUUAUCUUUAGUUAAACCACGUAAACACAACCUUUCUAAAUUCACAUCACAGAGAGCACCGCACCGUCGUUUUCGCCAUAAUGAUGGACUCCUACGUCCUUGGAUCGAUCAUAUGCGCCCUCCUCGGCCUCCUCGCGCUCCUCAAUUUUCUUCUCGCACCGAAGAACAACCGUUGCGCGGAUAACAACAUUACCACCGCCGCCGGACAAUGCAUUUCCUCCAACCGCCGCGGAGACGGAGACGUCGACGUCAUCAUUGUCGGAGCCGGUGUCGCUGGCUCCGCUCUCGCUCACACUCUCGGCAAGGAUGGACGUCGUGUACUUGUCAUAGAAAGAGAUUUGAGUGAACCAGACCGAAUUGUUGGAGAGUUGCUACAACCUGGAGGCUAUCUCAAAUUAAUUGAGCUGGGACUUGAAGACUGUGUGGAGAAAAUUGAUGCUCAGCAAGUGUUUGGUUAUGCUCUUUUCAAGGAUGGGAAACACACACGACUCUCAUAUCCGCUGGAUAAGUUUCAUUCAAAUGUCACAGGCAGAAGCUUUCACAAUGGGCGUUUUAUUCAGAGGAUGAGAGAGAAGGCUGCCUCCCUUCCCAAUGUACGACUGGAGCAAGGAACAGUUACUUCCCUACUUGAAGAGAAGGGGAUAAUUAAAGGUGUGCUCUACAAAACGAAGGAUAGUAAGGAAUUAUCAGCCUGUGCUCCCCUUACCAUUGUUUGUGAUGGCUGUUUCUCAAACUUGCGCCGUUCUCUUUGUAAUCCUAAGGUAGAUGUUCCCUCUUGUUUCGUUGGCUUAGUUUUGGAGAAUUGUGAACUUCCUUGUGCAAAUCAUGGCCAUGUCAUACUGGGAGAUCCUUCGCCAGUUCUGUUCUAUCCUAUAAGUAGUACAGAAAUCCGCUGUCUGGUUGAUGUUCCUGGUCAGAAAGUUCCAUCUAUUUCCAAUGGUGAAAUGGAAAAUUAUUUGAAGACGGUGGUAGCUCCACAGGUUCCUUCUGAGCUUCAUGAUGCUUUCAUAGCUGCUGUGGACAAAGGCAACAUCAGGACAAUGCCAAACAGAAGCAUGCCAGCAGCUCCUUAUCCUACACCUGGAGCCCUCCUGAUGGGAGAUGCAUUCAACAUGCGCCAUCCUCUAACUGGUGGUGGAAUGACUGUGGCAUUAUCUGAUAUAGUAGUGCUGCGAAAUCUUCUCAGGCCUUUGCGUGACCUGAAUGAUGCCUCCAGCCUUUGCAAAUACCUUGAAUCCUUCUAUACCUUACGCAAGCCUGUGGCAUCCACUAUAAAUACGUUGGCAGGAGCCCUUUACAAGGUCUUCUGCGCAUCACCUGAUCCAGCAAGGAAGGAAAUGCGCCAAGCUUGUUUCGAUUAUCUUAGCCUUGGAGGUCUAUUCUCGGAGGGGCCAGUCUCUUUGCUUUCAGGAUUAAACCCUCGGCCCUUGAGCCUGGUUCUCCAUUUCUUUGCUGUCGCAAUAUAUGGUGUUGGUCGUUUAUUGCUACCAUUUCCCUCACCUAAACGGAUUUGGAUUGGAGUCCGAUUAAUUUCUAGUGCAUCUGGAAUCAUCUUGCCAAUAAUUAAGGCCGAAGGAGUCCGUCAGAUGUUCUUCCCUGCAACUGUUCCAGCUUACUACCGCAAUCCCCCCGCUUCAUAAACGUGAAUUCGUUUUCAUGAGUCGAGAUCAAGGAUCAAGAUGCGCUUGCAGUGCUUUCCCGUUUUCCGAAAUUUAUUGGGUUCAUUGAAUUUCAUUCCGAAAUUCCAGUAAACAUUCUGGCUUUAUGUAUGAAUUUUCUGUAGAAUCGUUUUCAGAAUAAAAUCUUGAUUUUUUCAAAUUUU